CGGCUGGUGGUAGUUUAAAUGGCUAGGUAGCCCGGCCGUUUUCGACACCCGACCAUCGCCGGCGCGAACCUAGGCUGGGGCGACACUGCACGGCCAAUCUGCGUUCCACCGACUUCCGGCAGGGAGCGGGGCCUUGCCGGUUGGCCCCGCUACCAGCAGCCAAUCUACGGCGACCUCGACUCGCGACCCUGAGCGGCUCGGACGAGCGGGCAGCAGCACGACCGACGGCGCACGUCCACGGGCCGCGCCGCGCCGGUAGGUCCACGCCCGUCGCCUUUGGCUCUCCCCUCGCCGCCUCAGCGAUGUGCCGCUACUGCUGGCCCUACUGGAGACGCAGCCUAAGGUCGUCGAGUCCAGCGCUGGCCAGGCGGAAGUGAGGCAAGCGCCGUCGAGUGCUGGGCCCUCCCGAAGCGCAGGCCCGGACAGUCGGCGAAUGACGGUAGGGUUCGCCGGCGCUACUGGUGCUUCUUUGGUAGUGGCUGCCCGUGCGUCAGCUCCCAGCUCUGCGCGCCGGGGAUGUCCGGGGCACCGCCGCCGGGGCAGCCGCCGGCAGGGUCGUCGUCGGAAAAGCCCGCGGCGUCAAGCAAGCCCGCUGACAAAGCCACCGAGAAGGCCAACGAGAAGGCCAAUGAGAAGGCACUCGAGAAGACAACCGAAAGGUCCUUCGCCUCCGCUGAGAGGUCGGCGGCCUCGCACCAUAGCAGGAGGCACAGCCGCGACAAGUCGGUGACGUCCCCCGAUAAGGCAUCGACGUCCAAGUCGCCGCCCAAGUCCUCGCCGUCGAGUAGCAAGGGACGCCGCGAUCCCGUACCCCCCGGAGCAACGAAAUCCACCGACCCCUACGAUGUUGCUUAUGAAGACGACAAUGAAGACGAUAUUGACUCCUUGGAGGGCCAGAAGAGCGUGUUUUCGCACCUGUUGUCACAAGUCUACAUUGGCAUGGACCUUACCAAGGUCACCUUGCCCACUUUCAUUCUGGAGAAGCGCUCCCUGCUGGAGAUGUACGCCGACUUCUUCGCGCAUCCAGAGCUGUUUGUCAGCAUCGUGGACCGGGGUGGUGCCAAGGAACGCAUGGUGGAGGUAGUGCGCUGGUACCUGUCCGCCUUCCACGCCGGACGAAAGGGCGCCGUGGCCAAGAAGCCGUACAACCCGAUCCUCGGGGAGAUCUUCCGCUGCUACUGGAGGAUCGGCGACAAAGCGGGCGCACCCGUACCCGACGGACCAGUGCCGUGGGCUACCAGCAACGACUUGUGCUUCAUCGCCGAGCAGGUGUCCCACCACCCACCUGUGUCGGCCUUCUACGCGGAGCACGUGUCCAAGGGCAUCUGCUGCUGCGCGCACAUCUGGACCAAAUCCAAGUUCCUGGGCAUGUCUAUCGGCGUGCACAACGUUGGCCAGGGCACCAUAUGGUUUCUGCGUCACGACGAGGAGUACGUGGUCAACUUCCCCAGCGGCUACGGACGCUCCAUCUUCACCGUGCCCUGGAUAGAGCUGGGAGGCACCGUCGACAUCAAGUGCGAAAAGACCGGCUACAGCUGCACUAUCGAAUUCCACACCAAGCCGUUGAUCGGAGGCAAGAAGCACCAGCUGACGGCCGAGAUCUUCCCGCCCAACGACAAGCGACCUUUCCUGACGGUUUCUGGCGAGUGGAAUGGCGUCAUGACUGCCAAGAACAUUCACGGGACCGAGGUCACCUUUGUCGACACGACAACCAUGCCGAUCACAAGGAAGAUCGUCCAGCCGAUAAAAGAUCAGGUGCCUCACGAGUCGCGCAGGCUGUGGAAGGACGUGACGUUCAACCUGAAGCACAAGGACGUGGACAAGGCCACGGAGGCCAAAUCACUGCUGGAAGACCAGCAACGGAAAGAGGCGGCAGCGCGCAAGGAGUCCAACGGCAAGUGGGAGACCAGGGUGUUCGAGCCCGCGGGCGAAGGCUGGACAUACAAGUACCCGCUGCAAAAACGUCUAGGGAUAACGAAGAAAGACAAGGGCGGCAAAGAGACCUACCACGCCAAUGACGAAAUAGGCUAAGGAAUAGCGCCUAGACACAUUGGAGGAUUUCCCGUGGCUUCCCAUCAGGCACACCAUCACCAGCUGUUCAGCAGCGGGCUUUAUGCAAAGGGCAUAUCGCCGCUCGCUCCCUCAAUGUCACCCAGGACGGUCGUCGGUGCCUCUUACAAACUCACGUGUCUUGCGACCAUUUGUGAUG